AUGGCUCGCGAUAUCAAGCCAAUCAAACUCUGGGGUCAAGGAGGCCCAAAUCCCCCAAAGGUCGCCAUCCUGCUCGAGGAGCUUGACCUACCUUAUGAGACAACCGCAAUCUCAUUCACAGACAUCAAGAAGCCCGACUAUCUUGCCAUAAAUCCUAAUGGUCGUAUUCCAGCAAUCCACGAUCCAAACUUCGAUAUCACAUUGUGGGAAUCCGGAGCCAUCGUCGAGUACUUGACCGAACGCUACGACACCGAUCACCGAUUCAGUUUUCCCGCCGGAACUCCAGAAGCAUAUCACGCCAAGCAGUGGCUCUUCUUCCAGGCCUCUGGCCAGGGCCCGUACUAUGGCCAAGCAUCUUGGUUCAAGAAAUUUCAUCAGGAGAAACUCCCCAGUGCACUUGAGCGCUAUUGCAAAGAGGUCGCUCGAGUCACGGGCGUCCUGGAGGGCUGGUUGGCCCAGCAGAAGGAAAAGUUCGGUGAUGAUACCAAAAGUAGUGAUGGGCCAUGGAUGGUGGGAAACAAGCUGUCUUACGUUGACUUUGCUUUCUUUUCAUGGCAAACAAUUGUUGCAAUGAUUCUGGAGAAAAGUGAGUUUGAUCCGGAUGAUUUCCCUCUUGUCAAGGAGUGGCUAGGUAAAUUGGGAUCCCGACGUGCUGUCAAAUCUGUUCUUGAUGCAACAGUUGCCGCAUCUACCAAGUAA